AUUAUAAUGAGAGAUGAUGGUAACGGUGUAGUCAAUGUCAAAUAUCAAAAUAGUACUAAAAUUAAAAAUAGUAUGGCUAAAAUUGAAGUGAAAACGGAUGCCGCAUGUCCAUACUCUUUGGAACCUUUUGAAAUCGGAUCAGAUUUUAAGGUUGCACUGGUAGCAAUGAUUCAGAGCGAUAUUCCAGAUAUUCAUGAACAUAAUGAUACUCUUAUUAUAAUUAAUGAUACUGAGCACUUAUUUAAUAAGAGUAAUAUUGAUCUGAUGAACAGGGAAGCUCAAUUCGAAGUGAAUGGUGUUUUGAAUGCACUGAUGUUGAUACCACCGGGUGGAUGGAUAUGCACCGUGCUCUGUAGGGUGUUACAGGGUAUGACGCAAGCUUGCAUCGUUCCUGGGUUCCAUACGUUUUUCGGAAAGUGGACGCCUCUGGAGGAACGCGGGCGUUUGACAGCUAUGAAAUCGUUGCCAGUCCCGUGGAAGAAGAUAUUUACUAGUACCGGUAUGCUUGCUAUCAUUAUUGCUCACAUCGGAAACACUUGGGGACAGCUGACGCUUUUCACCGAAAUACCAUCAUACAUGGAUAAGGUGAUGGGUGUUAAUAUCAAAGCUAAUGGCUUGCUGACGGCACUCCCGUUUCUUGUGAUGUGGUUCACCAAUUUCUUCUUCAGCUGGAUAACAGACAUGUUGAUUGUAAAGAAGUACCUGAACGUCACUCAAACCAGAAAACUGGCGAAUUCAUUAGGAGUUAUCGCUCGAAAUUCUUCCAGUUUUAUUUUUAAGUUAGCUGAUAGACAAUGGUCUCUGGCUUAUUCCCGUAUACACAUUCUUCAAAAUAUCCCCGAACAAAAAACCUGGAGCGCUUGUAUACCAUCAGCGAUCGGUCUAGUAGCGCUUGCUUAUGCACCACAUAACAUAUACAUCGUUGAGACUAUACUGGUACUGAUUUGUAGUUUCAAGAUCGCCUCUACGGUUGGUUUUCAUGUAAACCAUGUGGACAUUUCUCCUAACUAUGCCGGUACAUUGAUGAGUAUCAGUAACUUCGCGUCGAACAUGUUCGGUUCCCUUGCACCUAUCGUGGCUGGAAUAAUUUUGACUGACCCUACUGAUCCACUUCUCUGGCGGAAGGUGUUCUUCGUUGCUGCGGGCUUAUACUUCUUCACGAAUUUAGUUUAUGUGAUAUUCGGGACUGCAGAAUUGGCUGAAUGGAAUGACCCUCCGCAGUAUGAUAAAGUCGCUUUGGAUGAAAAUAAAAGUACCAAAGAAAAAACUACACCUACAGGAUCAGUUUGAGUACAGCAGACUUCUCGUUCAAUGACAUUCAAAAAUCUUAGGGCAAAUUUUAUUAGAUUAAUAUAUAAGUAAUAACAGCUUUUUGUAAACGUAAUAAAUAAUACUACUGGAAUUAAAGAUUUUUAAAUAAAUAUAUA